CCAGAAAGCUAAACAUGGCGUCUCAGCGAGUGGCUGUCGUCUGUGAACCGCGCUCAGACCCAUCCAAAGAGAAAGCUCAUUUAAUUUAUAAACUUUAUUUGCUUGAAAUUGUUCGAAAUGAGCUGGAGGAAGAACUUCGGGACUUCAUUCAUCAGACAUAUGAAGAGCUACGCGGCGUCCUCCAGUCAUCUCUUCCAACACCUUUGUUCAGAAACGUGACAAACGCUCUUGACAUAAAGUGUAAUAAAUUCGGGAAGCUCUCAGCUUUAUUAAAGGAUCUGAAAACUGACCACCAAUCAUGUGAUGCUGUGAGCUUCAACUACUUUCAGCCACUCAAAGCUUUAUUUUCCCAUCAUCAUCUUCAAGUUUCCCUCCAUCCAUUGAGGCCUUCAGAGCAGGAAGAUGACAGAGAGUCAUCCAGCCUCAACAACACUACUCUGCCUGGAAGCAUCUCCUGUUUAGAGAAAGAAGAAAAGGCUGUUUUUGAGGAUGAAAAUGAAGAAGUCUCAAUAAACAUCCUACCUGCGGUUGUUCAGAGCAAAGUCAUUAUUGAGGAGUCAAACGUACAACUUUCUUCUUUGAAAGAUGCGCUCUCCGAGAUCCAACAGUGUAACCAUAGGUCUGUAGUAAUCUGGGGCCAUGGCGAUGACGUCCAGGUACCACACCAAAAGCAAACCUCCUCCCAGCUGCUGCGUUUUCUCAAAGAAAAGGCUAAAAACAACGGUUCACUUGAGGUCACUGUUUUUGCAUGUGCUAAAAGCAAACACAUGGCAAACAAUUCAGAUUCUCCCACGCGGCCUUCACCUACUAUCAAAACAAGAAGCGACCAAGUCGAACAUGUUGUGACAGAUGAGCCAGCUCCUGAAACGUUGCACGCAAACGUUCACCAAGCUCCAGUUUUCAGAGUGAAAAGAGUCGACUCGCACAGAUCUUUGAUCUACAGCUGUGUAAUCGCUACAGAAACGGAAUUAUGGGACGUGGGAGACAUCUUCACAGAUGCUUUUCUGAAGGACUCUGUUCAUUUUAGUACUUUGGAAAGUGAAAAAUGCCAAACUGCGUUUGCUGAGUUGGAUAAGUCUGAACCUUUAACAUUAAAACCCCAAACUCUGCAGUCCACUCAGCCAGGACUGGAGGACUGCUCGAGGGACGCGGAUAGAAUGGCAGAUAAAUCGGUAGACAUUCCUGAAUUUGAAAUCCGGAAGUUUGAAGAGUCUGAAGUGGUUGUCUCUCAUGUUGUCAGUCCUAGUGACUUCUACAUCCAACUUUCUGACUCCCCUAAGAAACUGGAGGCUCUUUUUACAGACCAAGCAGCCAGUCAUUCAUAUGCUGAACAAAAAUGCAUUCCAGACAUUGGAGCCCAGGUCAUCUGCUGGUUUCCUCAAAAUGAGCAGUGGUGUCGAGCUCAGGUGGUGAGGAUCUCCGGAGUGAGUAGAAAUGGGGCUGGCAGAAAUCCAUCCAUAAAUGUGGAGGUGAAACGGUUGGACUAUGGUGACACUUCCUGUGUGCCGCUCUGUCAUAUUAAGCAGCUCUCUCCAGAAAUGGCUGUGCUGCCACUUCAGGCUCUGCAGGUUUCUCUGGCUCAUGUGAGGCCAGUUAAUGGCAGAGAUUGGACCGAGGAGGCGGUAGAUUGGUUCAAAGCGAUGGUGCAUGGCAGGACGCUCUAUGCAAGACUUUACCCACAGGGGCUCGCUGUUUCAGUCGAGCUGUUCCUGGAAAGAGGAAAACUUGGAGCUAUGAGGUAUUUAAUUAUGAGCCACUCGGUUAUUAAUGCAUUUUAG